CUUUAUUAUCAUUGAGAUCAAUUACGAUCAGUCAGGUUACCCUCGAUUGGUAAUUCGGUCAGAGUGCAUGCUCUCGAGCGAAUGACUCCCCCGUUUGAACCGCUAGAUCACCGCUGAUUUCCCCUAAACCAUGGCAUUGACUCAUAGCGCAACUUUUACCAAGUCAAGACAUCCUCGUGGCAGCCAAUCGCCCACCGCGGGGAACGCUGACACGGAUACACCUUCUCGUUAGGGUCUCGGGAAGCGUGUCAACGAAGCGACCUUAUCGUGUUUUACAAACUGGCGCACUAUAUAUUGAAGCUUGUUUCCGUCUAGGGCUGACCAUCUGGUUUUUGGUUAAUUCCAUCACUUUCGCAUACAGACAUUUCUCUAUUGCCCUACACAACCAUCAUCAUGGGACGAACACUCACAUAUCCUAAGCGGGUAUCCAAUACCGCCAAUCGAUAUAAGCAUCGUGCCACCUACGACUUGGGUCCCAUUCACUCUAUCAUUAAUGACUCCCAAGUUCUCCAUGUGUCCUUCAAUCCAGGUCCCGAGGACCCGUUCCCAGCUAUCCUUCCCAUGAUCGGCCAGAUGGGAUCGUACGAGUUCCCGUCCGCGAGCAUUGAUGAGCCACUAGACUGCUACCUCCACGGCUAUGUCAGCUCUCGCAUCAUGAAUCUGGCCCGUAGCUCUGAGGGCGAAGGGCUGCCCAUCUGCGUGGCUACCAGCAAAGUAGACGGCCUAAUCUUGUCUCUUACCCCCAACUCGCACAGCUACAACUACCGCUCGGCAAUUCUCCACGGGUAUGCCAAGUUGGUCACCGAUGAAGAGGAGAAGCUGUGGGCAAUGAAGCUCAUCACCAAUUCGGUCCUAACCGAUCGCUGGGAUAACUCGCGUGUGCCCCCAGACCGUGCGGAGAUGCAAUCAACCGUCAUUCUGAAGGUCAAGGUCGUGGAUGGCAGUGGCAAAAUCCGUGACGGUGGUGUCUCGGAUGAGAAAAAGGACUAUGGCAAUGAGGAGAUUACUAACCGCAUCUGGACGGGCGUAGUUCCUGUCUGGGAAACAUAUGGACAGCCCGUCCCCAGUGGUGACGGCAAGCUCGGCGAUGUUCCGGAGCAUAUCACCUCUUUCAUUGCUGCGAAGAAUGCGCAGAACCGCGCUUUGGCAGAGUCGGCGAUCAAGGUGACUCUACCAGCCGAGGAGCAGCACUGAGUAGCCUUGGCCAUG